UCGGUGAAGAAGUUCCUCGACCAAAUCAUGCAACACCGGAUGGCGUGGCCUUUUCUGGAGCCUGUCGACGGCCACCUGUAUCCAUCCUACUACCAGGGCCCGCACGCCGUCAUGGAUCCGAUUGACCUUUGCACCAUCAAGAUGAAGCUCGAGCAAGGAUCCUACGCCGGUGCGGGCGCCGUCAAGGCGGACGUGGACGGUGUGUGGGAAAACUGCCGCCACUUCAAUGGCGAGACCCAUCUCUACUCGACGAUGGCAGACGAGCUCGAGAGGCGCUUCAACAAGAAGUUGAACUCCCUG